AUGUGGAAGCACGACGAGGUGCUGCUACCGUGCACACUGAGCUGGAAAGACCUUUCGUACACGGCUCGCUCCAAGAAGGCGAUCCUGCACGACGUCUCGGGGCGGUGUGGGCCCGGCGAGUUCCUAGCGAUCCUCGGCCCGUCGGGAAGCGGCAAGACAACCCUUCUGGAUCUGCUCGCCGACCGCAUCUCGAGUGGCAAGACGACGGGUACCAUCGCCUUAAAUGGCCAGCCGCGUGAACCGAGGUCCUUCCGCGCCGUCGCCUCGUACGUGGCCCAGGACGACACGCUUCUUGGAUCCUUUACGGUCCUCGAGACGCUCCAGUUUGCCGCGCGCCUGAGCUUGCCGUCGACCGUAUCGCGUGCUGAGCGCGACGCUCGAUUGCAGCACGUCAUCGAUGCCAUGGGCCUCCGAUCGUGCGUGCACACCCUUGUGGGCGACUUGUUCCGGAAAGGGCUCUCGGGCGGUCAAAAGCGGCGCCUCAGCAUCGCGAUGGAGCUCCUCAAACAGCCGCGCGUGCUCUUGCUGGACGAACCAACGUCCGGUCUCGACUCGGCGACGACGCUCAACGUCGUUCGGUGCAUCGCUGGCCUCUGCCGCGACGACCGCUGCACCGUGAUCUGCACGAUCCACCAGCCAAGCGCGCGCGUCUUCCAGCUCUUUGACAACGUGCUGUUGCUCGCGCAGGGCCGCGCCAUGUACCGCGGGUCCCCGCAAGCGAUCGUCGCGCACUUUGGGCCCCUCGGGUACGAGUGCCCCGAACACACGAGCCCGGCCGAGUACUAUUUGCGCAUCGUCAACACGGACUUCCAUUGCCACGCCGACAUUGACGCGCUCGCCGACGCGGUCGCCACCACCAAUCUCCACGACCAGCUGCUGCUCGAGGCGACGGCGAGUGCGCCGUGGAGCGUGGCGCCGCAGCGGCCGUCGCCAGUGGCGCAGAUUCUCGUGUUUCUCGAUCGCAACCUCUUGAACACGCUGCGGAACCCGGGCAUCUUUUGGGUCCGCCUCGUCAUGUACUCGCUCCUCUCGGCCAUGGCCGGCACCAUGUAUCUGCACCCGACGCCCGGCCCCGCCCACGAUGCCAGCCUCGUCGCGCUCCUCUUUGGCGUGCCCGCGUUCUGCAUCUUCAUGAGCGUCGCCGCACUCCCCUUCUUCCUCGAGCAGCGCGCGGUGUUUGCCCGCGAGCGCGCCAACUGGGGCGUCAACGUCCUGAGCUUCGUCGUCGCCAACUUUGCCGUCGCCCUUCCCGCGCUCUUUGUCAUUGCGCUCUGCAGCACGACGCUGGUCGUUCCCGCCGCGGGCCUCGGCGGCUUUGGCGUGUACUUUGGCGCGUUUUACCUCGGCCUCGUCGUCGCCGAGUCGGUCGUCCACGUGCUCGGCGCCGCGGUGGGCCACGCGAUCGGCGGCAUCGCGCUCGGUGCUGGCCUCUUUGGGCAGUUUAUGCUGUGCCAGGGCUACCUCCUCGCGCGCGAGAGCAUCCCAACGUACUGGCGCUGGUGCCACGCGCUCGCCUUUCACUCGUACGUCUUCCAAGUGCUCAUGCACAACGAGUUUGCCGACCGCAGCCCGAGCAUCCUCGCCGAGUUCAACCUCGAGGACGUUAACAUCGGGCGCAGCAUGGGCGUCCUCGCCGCCUAUGCUCUCGUGCUCCAGGUCGCCUUUGGGCUCGUCCUCUACUUUGUGCACACGGGCCGGCGCUAAGAACCGCGUAACCCUAUUUUCCACAAUUCAUUGCCGACACGAUUACACUAUAUACUAUUGGGUCC